GUUGAUCAACUCCAAAAUGUUAUCUCAGUGUCUGUACCAAGUUUACAAAUGUUUGUUUCUGCGCAACUUAAAACCGAAUUCGAUAAGUGGGGCUACUUUGGCCAGACGGAUCCAUUCUUCAGCAAAAAAGCUUUCAGACUGUGAGUUAAAGGAACAAACCGUCCAGAAAUGUGAAACUAAAGAGUUGCCUCAAAGUACAGAAAACAAUAAUUUUGGAAGAUUGCACAUACCGGUGAUGCUGGAGGAGGUUGUUAAUUGUUUAUCUCCCCAGCCAGGCCAGUGUUUCCUUGAUAUGACGUUUGGAGCCGGAGGCCAUACCACAGCUCUGCUAGAGAAAGUCAACGACAUUACAAUAUAUGCUCUAGACAGGGACCCCACAGCUUAUAAAAUAGCUCAGCAGCUUUCAGAAUCGUACCC